ACAACACUAGCUUAAAAAAAAAAUCAGAAUGCCGAAGUGUCCGUCCAAAAUGGAGGAUAAAAUUAAUCUAAUAAACAGAUGAACAGAUGUGUGUUAAUGCAAGGUGUUCAUCUGCGUUUUAUGUAGUUCUAAUAUACUUUUAACAGCGUGUUGUGGUGAAUUUAAAGGACCUUUAUUGUUUAUAAUUUGUAGGGUAAAAGGCUAAUAUACUGGCAUGAGUCCGUUUGCAUAUCUAAUGUAUAUUCGCCUUAUGUCAGUGACUUUGCUCUGGUAUGUUCGUAUCGAUCCAUGAGACGUAGGGCUCUUUACAGUGUUUGUUCUGGCAAAGGCACGUUUUGAACCCCGUUCUGACCAAAAUGUCAUAAAUGGAAAAUACACGGCAUUUUCCAUGUUUGUCAGUUUAUUAGAUUUCCGUAUGGGCGCGUUUUGCACAAAUACCUCUUCAGUCCCUCAGUCCCUCGCUCCCUCCUUCUCUCUCUCCCUCUCUUCGCGUGCCCUUCAACUUUUGACAUCCAAAUCUACCUGGAUUAUAAAAGCUAAGAUCAAAUACCACACUCGAGUCAAAAAGGCAAGCGUCUCCCCCGGUUUCACUCCCUCCAGGAUCAUUUAACAGGAAGCAGUCCUGAAGAUUUGGAGUAGCCCCUUACAGCAGCGCACAGGCUGUAAAUAGAUCAUAUCGGACACUAAUUUGAUCUAGAGAUUCCUGCGUCUGGACCUCGAAUCAGAGAAACAAAAGACGGCGAGCAUGCAAGAUAAGACUUUCUGUGGGAGAUUUUUCCAUCAGCUCCGUUGCCUCAACGAAGGACGUCCUCGGUCUUAAUGGGGAGAUUUAUUGAUGAUUUUGUCGAUGAUUUGCACGUUCGAUCUCGGAGAAAAUGAAAGGGUGGGACAACGCCAUUGACUGUGACAGGCAGCGUGCAGCAUGAUUUAUCUCUGUGUGUCCAGUUUUAUCUCCAGCAAUCUAUCUCGACAUAAACACGGUUUAAACCACAGUCGUUGCUGUAACAGUGGAGUAAAUGCAGGGAGGGCUAUGCAAGCUCGGAUAUUCGUGUUGCACGAGUUGUGUUUUUAUAUUUAAAGAGGGCUAAAAGGAUACAAGUGAUUUCCAUCUGUAAAGGGUUAUCGCCGACUAUGAAAAAAGUGCUUUGAAAUCAUGCACUCGUGCAUACUGAAUUAUGUGUGAAAUCUAUUUCGUGUAAGCUGCACGGUCCGUUAAUUAAACGUUGUUGUGUUUUUUUGCUUCUAAUUGAGCAAACCUCCUGAGCCUGAGAUUUAAAAACUAGAUUUUGCCCCUGGCACACCCCCCGAGAUAAUUAACCAACCAUCACAGCCUACCUUACCAUUGGGCUGCAAGUCUAUCUGCUGCUGCUGCUGCACUAUAAUAAUAGAUGGGAAGUGAAACAUGUUAGGGAGGAAGCCAAUGGAGGCUUAUUGAAGCUGUCAGAGAUCACCUCGUCUCUCUGUAACCUCUUUUUUUCUGGGAUGCACUGCAUUUUACUAAUCAAGUGAGCCACAAUGUUGACGAGGCUUUUCAGUGACCCUUCGCUGCUUCCCGAAGUGCAGAAAUACUCCGGCUGGGCGGAGGACAGCGAAAGCGAGGAUUCUAAGCUCAAAGAUGAAGAACAGGACAACCAGGACGACAUGGACGCCUCUGAGCUGAGGGGAGGCAGCCGGACGCAUUCGGAACACGCCGGGGAAGACGACGAGGACGACGAGGUGGAAGAAGAGGACGACGGAGAGGACACGGAGGGGGAGAGACCCAAGAAAAGAGGCCCCAAGAAGCGCAAAAUGACCCAGGCCCGGAUCGAGCGCUCCAAAAUGCGACGGAUAAAGGCCAACGCGCGAGAGCGGACCCGCAUGCACGACCUGAACUCUGCGCUCGACAAUCUGCGUAAAGUGGUGCCCUGCUACUCCAAAACGCAAAAACUGUCCAAAAUCGAGACGCUGCGUUUGGCCAAAAACUAUAUCUGGGCCCUGUCGGAGAUAUUGCGCUCUGGAAAAAGGCCCGACCUCGUGUCCUACGUCCAGACCCUGUGCAAGGGACUCUCCCAGCCCACGACCAACCUAGUGGCGGGGUGCCUGCAGCUGAACUCCCGUAACUUCCUGACCGAGCAGCAGUGUCAGGACGGGGGCAGGUACGGAUCCGGCUCCUUCUCCAUGCAUUCCUACCCCUACCAGUGCGCGCGACUGUCCAGCCCCCACUGCCAGCCGGGUUCGAACUCGCAUCCGCUGAGGACGCACGGCUACUGCUCGGCUUACGACUCUCUGUACGGUGGUAGCGGAUCCCCGGAGUAUAACAGCCCCGAGUACGAGGGGCCCCUCAGCCCGCCCCUGUGCAUCAAUGGCAACUUUUCCCUGAAGCACCAAGGCUCCGCGUCCCCCGACAACGAGAAGGGGUACCACUACUCUAUGCAUUACUCCGGCCUGCCUGGCUCCAGACCCACCGGGGCCCACAACCUGGUGUUUGGCUCUUCGGGGUCCCGGAGCGGCAUUCACUCUGAAAACGUCCUGCCUUACCACGACAUGCACUUACACCACGAACGGGCCCCCGUGUAUGACGAACUCAACGCGUUUUUUCACAAUUAAAACGAGAAGCCUGUUGUGCGUCCCCUUGCAAUCAACAAUCUAUCCACGGCACAAUUUUUUUUGACAAGCUUACCCGCCAGGAUUUAGGCAUUCUGGGGAGAUGUUUCACUCGUUGUCAUUGGUGUUUUUCCUUUAAUUUAUUCAAUAUUAAACUUUUGGUUUGCUAUAGUCAGGGAUGUAGUGGAGGGCAACCCACCUAACCCACAAUCCUAUUUUGCGCAAUAGAAUUUAUCCAGCUUUUUUAGGCUGAUUUAAAUCUCUGAGAGGAAAUGUGACUAACAAAUCAUAUCAAGAGCAGAGGAUAAGGGAAAUUCAAAUUCUGAAUGUUUUUCAAAUGUGAUUUGUGUUGUAUUGGUGGUUGUUUGCAUUUUAAUGACAGGAAGUCAAAGUUUACCCACUUAUUUAUAUUACCACUACAUCACUGGCUACAGCUACACCCUGACAUUGACGGUGAUUUUCUACUCUUAUGAAAUUAGUAAAUAAAUCAACGAACAAGCUAAUGCAAAUCACAUUUACUCGCCUGUACGUGCGAGACUUUUUGGGAGGUUGUGUGUGGGGAGGGGUGGGGGGUGGGAGUGAAAUCUUAAAGAAAUAUCAGAGGGGAAAUGCUGAACCGAGAGAAAUGUGCUAUGUUGGGUAGUUUUGAGAAGAAUCUGUUUCCAGCAAAUCAAUCGUUUCGCAUCUAUGCAAAACCCAACGAGACCACAGAGCGAGGCAACAAGGCCCAGAAAGACACUGUAUGUUUCAUCAGCACUGUUGUUGCUGCACGCAAGAGUGCGCACAGACACACACACACACACACACACACACACACACACACACACACACACACACACACACACACACUCACUCUUACACACUUGCACACUUGAAUUAACACCCAACGAAUCUGACAAUGGCUGGGCUGGCCAAAAUGUUUUAACUUCUGAAGAAAAAAAAGUCAUCUAAAUACAAUGAAAAUCGAACAUUUUUCUCAUUUUCGUUUUCUACUCUUAUUUAUUCAUAUUAACCUUAUUCUUCUACUUGAGCCAUUGCACUGUAUUUUCAUUUCAAAUUACAUUUUGAUUCAAUAUUUUAAUUUUGAUUUACAAUCUGCUGUUGAAUAAGUUAUUUAUUAUUAUUAUUAUUAUUAUUAUUAUUAUUAUUAUUGCACGUAUUUAUUGUGUUGUUUUUUGUAAUUAAUGUUAAUAGUCCAUGAAAAUGAAGGGAUCCCAUGUGUUGCUGAUCUUUUUUUUCAUAAAAUUCAAGUCUUUCAACUUUGUAUUCAACCAACUGUGUGGUAAAAUAAAAUGACAAUAAAUGAGA